AUGAUCUAUACAAUCAUUCGCACUGAUAUUUUUCGUUUUGUUAGCAUCUAUUUGAUCUUUCUCUUCGGUUUUUCACAAGCCUUUUUUGUGACAUUCAAAUCUUGCGAACUCUACAGUAAUCAACAAAUCGAGAACGGCAUCAUCAAUCCCGCAAAUAUCUCACACCAACUUUGGACUGAUCUUGAUGGAAUUUUGCAUCCAACCGGCGAGGGUUUCGAUAAUAUUUUGGCUUCUCCGCAAGAAUCUUUUGUUCGAACUUUUAUCAUGACUACUGGUGAAUUCAUGAGCCUCUACCAAGAACUCGCUUCUUGUCCAAAUCCGAUCAUGAUCGUCAUUGGAAAGAUUUGUUUCAUCACCUUUGAACUACUCGUCUUUCUCCUUCUCUUCAACAUGUUAAUUGCCAUGUUGAAUAGAACUUAUCACACGAUUUUCAGUACAAAAAAAGAGUACAAACGACAGUGGGCUCAAGUGAUUCUCUCGCUAGAGAUGUCACUUCCACCACAGGAACGCCUCAUUCAUUUACUCAAAUACUCGAGACCAAUUGGCACAAAUAAGCAAAAGAGAAGCUAUGUAGUGAACAAGAAAAUGAAUGAAGAAAACAUGGAGGCUUUCGAGAAAAGAGCUCUCGACGAGAAGCAAAAACAGAUCGCAGAGGAGAAGCGCUUUUUGUACAAACGGCGGAUGAAGGAUUUGGACAUAAAAGACGCAUCUCUCCGUCCAUUGACGUCACUCAUUCGUCCAAUGACUUCAUAUCUCGCGAAUAUCCGCCCAAAAACAAGAUCAACAUCUCCAUAUCAAGAUAUUACU